UUCCCUGGCUCACACACCUACAUACACCUACACACAUCCACACACGCACGCAGCGCGAUGAAGAGCAGCGCCGAGCCGUCGCCAUGCGCACCGGGCUGCCGAGGACCGCCUGCUGCCUGCUGCCGCUCACCAUCGCCCUCUGCGCGCUGUUUGCGCACGCAGCAGCUUAUUUCGGCCUCACUGGUCGUGAGCCCCUUCUCUUCCUGCCCAGCCCUCAUCCCUUGGAGCCCCCCGGCGGGAAAGCACAUGUGAAGCAGUGUGAGCAGUUGAGCCUCACUCGCCGCCAGAAGCGAGUGUGCCGGAGGGAGCCCGGCCUGCCUGAGACCCUACGUGAGUCCGUCCGCCUCAGCCUGCUGGAGUGCCGCUACCAGUUCCGCAACGAGCGCUGGAACUGCAGCCUGGACGGGAGGGGCAGCCUGCUGAAGAGAGCCUUUAAGGAGACGGCUUUCCUGCUGGCAGUGUCUUCAGCAGCCCUCUCGCAUGCUCUGGCCAAAGCAUGCAGCUCCGGGCGCAUGGAGCGCUGCACGUGUGACGAUUCUCCGGGUCUAGAGCAGCGUGAGGCGUGGCAGUGGGGGGUGUGCGGGGACAACGUGAAGUACAGCACCAAGUUCCUCAAAAAGUUCCUGGGGCAGAAGCGGGUCAGCAAGGACCUGCGGGCCCAGAUCGAUGCCCAUAACAUCAACGUGGGCAUCCGGGCUGUAAAGAGUGGCCUAAAGACAACCUGCAAGUGCCACGGUGUCUCUGGUUCUUGCGCCGUACGAACGUGCUGGAAGCAGCUCUCACCGUUCCACGACACGGGCCGUCUGCUCAAGUUCCGCUACGACACGGCCGUGCGAGUCCUCAGCCUCACCAAUGCCGCCACUGGAGAGACAGAACUGGCUGGCCCUCGCCGACAAGGAAAUGGAGCAGGCCCCCGCGCCCGCCCAACGGACCUGGUGUUCUUGGAGGAGUCGCCCAGUUUCUGCCGGCCGUCCCGUUACUCCCCUGGCACGGCAGGACGCCCCUGUGCCAAAGACACAAGCUGCGGCAGCCUGUGUUGUGGCCGUGGCUACAACACUGCCCUGCGCCUCACCACACUGUCCUGCAACUGCCAGGUCCGCUGGUGCUGCCACGUGGAGUGCCAGACCUGCCUCCGGGAGGAGGAGGUGUAUACCUGCAAGAAGCACUGAGACGCUGCAUUCAAAACAGUCCUCUUAUCACUGUUCUCUAAAGUGGAUAAACAGAAGAACUAUGUAGAACAUAAUUACCGGGAACUGAAAUGAUCCCUAACCACUAUAACCCCCAUCGAACUAUCAGGUUCCCUGCAUAUAGGACACUUUUAUAUAGGGGACAAAAUGGGUUCAUAUGAUGCAGUGCAUUAUGAGUAUUCAACUACCGUUAGGGUGCAUUGCUUGUAGACUACUUUUUGUAGUGCGCUGUGGGAUUGUGACGUAGCCCUAUUUUUCUGGACACAUUCCAAAAACCACUGUAUUGUGAAUAAGCCAGAAACAGAUAUCAGAAAGGACAACAGAGGGACAAAGGGAAAGAGAUGGCCAAGAGAGCCAGAGAAGGAUCAAGAAAAGAGAAAGGUAGAGAGACUUACAAGAAGAUGAACAAGUAGAAAGGUGAUGUGGGGAUGAAUGUGGGGAUGACGGACAGUGAGUAGAUAGAAACACAGAACGUGGUGAAGACAACAAGCGCAAGGCAGAAGUAAGUUGGGCGAACUUAGGAAGCCAUUUGAUCAAAGAUAAAUGGAAAAAAAGGUAGGGAAUAAAACAAAUAGUGUCAUCCGCAUUUGCAAACCAAAAAAAUGGGGUGUGGCAUCAAGUUUCCCAAUCUCUGGCCUCUCAAACAAGUGUGGGCAACGUUGAACAAGGACCCCAAGGCAUGGCUGACAAGAUGCUCCUUGAAAAAGGAGUUGCACUCGUGAUUGCUUCAAGUUGAGGAGAACCACUAACAGAGGUCUCAACAAGACCAACUGCCUCUUAACACUGCUUCUGCUGGCUGAACACACAGGUCAGAAAGAAAUGGCCUUCUGGAAGCUCCAAUGGGUUCCAGAGGAGACAUGAAUCAUUUUGCAGGCGCAGCACCUUACAGUAGGUGCUGGAAUGGAUUAGACAUUCUGAAAAAAACCCUAAAGACAUGGACUUUGAGGGAGGACAUGCCAGUGCCACAGUGAUACACUUAUUAGCCUGUCUGUCUAUAUGUCUGUAUGUCUGCCUACAUACCUGCCUGUCUACCUGCAUAGCUGUCUUGCUGCAAGAAUCAAAGGGUCCAAUAAGGGUCCGAUAUUAUGCUGAAAUUAUGAAGCACUUAUAGUUGUGAAUAUUAUGCAGAUCAUUUGCUCGGAGGGGGAGAAAGCUCUGGACCUGUGUCUUUAAUUGUAAACAAAAGGCAUUUUUAGUACUCUGAAAAGUAAAAUCUAAAAUAAAAAUAAGCACAUAAACAAUUAAACAUUCCCUAGUAAAUAAAUAGUAUAUAUUUAUAGUAUAAAAUUCAUUGAGGAAUGAUGCAUUGAUUUGAGACAGUGGGUGUAAAAAUGCCAUUCAAUCCACAGCCAUGAUAUAUAUUGUUACUGUCACUCAAAAACUUUUUGUUGUAAUUUAAUUCAGUUGUUUUUGUUUUUACAUGGUUUCAAUGUGUUCAAAUAAUUAGCAAAACGUUUGAAUGGCUAUUAUCUAUUGUCACACAAAUGCAUUGUACCUUCACUUUUACGGAUGUAAACUUUUUAAUAUGAUGUGAAUUAAGCUGUUUUAUAUAUUGUUUUUUAUAAAUUUCAUGAUGAACAGACCAAAAGAAAUGCUCCAAAAUGGCUUGGAAUAAAAUAUUUUUCCACUGACUUACAUUUAAAGUUUUAAAGGUUAUUCCUUCUCCAGUAAAGUUGAUGUUUUGAAGAUUUCUGGAGGUUUUUGCGUGACAGCAACAAUUUAAUCAUGCUUAAGUGUUUAAAAGUGCUAUGACCAGUGGCUCAUCUGUGGUGGAAUGCACAGGCCAGUACAGUGUGUUAUUAGUCGGUGUGUGUGUGUGUGUGUGUGUGUCUGUGUGUAUGAUCCCUACAGCUGUGUAAGGUUUGUAAACAUGUGCCUAGUUAUUGUCGUGUCUUUAUGCUGCACUUUCCCAUCAAGGACAAAUGAGUGCCUUUUCCCAGAACAACGAUCACCCUCACUUUCCCUCCGUCAGGCCCGACUCGCUCUCAUCUGAGCCCCUUUCAUGUCCGUGAAGUCUUUGAAACGGCUUCAUUCCACCCCCUUAUUUUCCCUAUUACCAAUCAGAGAAAAUAACAGCUCUUACUCUUCUGAAACACAGCGUUUCUCUCUGCCCCGGACUCCAAAGGUCAAACACGGACCGCCCAACCAGUCUUAGUCACGCAGCUCUGAUUUAGGUUUUUUUUGUCCUUUUGAAAAAAAAAACAUAUAUAUAUAUAAUUGUUGUUGCACAAAAACAAUGUUGUUUCUUCAUUUUUUUUUCAUUUUUUAAACUUUUUGUCAUUUUUUGAAGUUUUUUUGUGAAAUUUUAUUAUGAAAGGUCAAAUAGAAAUGCUUCAAAAUAUUUUUUACAUUGAAUUCUUUUUACAUUGAUCUAUUGCUGUAAAAUUGCCAUUUCUUUUCUGUCUUUUUUAAUAUUUUUAAUUUGCUAAUUGUUCUUUAUUUUUUGCGUUCAGGAUUAAUUUACCAAUAGAAACACCGUCCUUUCACAUUUGUUACUUGUAAAAUUGCCAGUUUGGAUUUUUUUUUUGUGUGUGACAUCAACAAAUUUUAGAUAAUUGAUGCCACUCAAAAACUUUGUUGUUCGCAGUUGUUCUUUACAUUGUCAAAAUAAUGUAUUAACCAAUAUAAAUACGCCAAAUUAAUCAAAUAGAAUAUUUUUUGUUGCUUUUUUUAUUUUCUAUUAAUAUUUUGACAUAAACUAAAAUGCCUUAAUGCCUAAAAUCUUAAAGAAGAAUUUUGUAUUUUUACUUUUUGACAUUUUGAAUCUGGCUGUUAAUCCUUAUUUUUGUCUUAAUCUCUAAUAAAUGUACCAAUAGAAAUAGAAAGAAAAUGAAUGCCUUAAAAUAUAAUUCCAUUGAAAGAUCUCCAGAAAAGUUGGCAUUUUUGAGAUACAUGUGUUCGGUGUGACAGCAACAAUUUAAUAUAUUUGACUGUUUGUUUUUCCUUUAUUAAAUACUCAGACAGUGGGACAAUAUUACUGGAAUCCGACCACAUGGUUAAAGUGCUACUGGGUGACCCAUUACUGCAGUCCAGCUCUGAAACCCUGCUGUUUUAAUAUUUCCCAUAAGCAUUAAAAUUCAUAUGCAAGCAUUUUCAACAGUUAAACAUUAUCGGACUCAAGUAUGUGAGAGACUGUGUGCCUACUUGUGCAAUACUAAGUGUGUGUGUGAGUGUGUGUGUGUGUUGCCUGGACAGGAAGAGAAACUCCAGUAAAAUUGUCCACAUCAAUCAAGUUGAGGAAAGUCCAAGUUUCUAGUGUCAUGGUUAGUGAACUGAGGCAGCUGGGACGUUAAAAGCAAGCGGUUAGCUUCUGAAGGAGACUUUAAAAAGCUACAUGUAACAUUUUUACAUUUCAGUUUGAUUACACUCAUAAAAGACACCCAUAAAUCAUUUGCAAGCAUUGGUUUAAUUGCUUCUAAGCUUUGCCUUUUUGUUUCAUUAAACUGUUAAAGGCCUAAAGUGCUGGUGUAUUAAUUAUGUAUUGGGUCAAUAUCAGAAUACUGUGCCUUUUGGACUUCAGAUUUUUCAUUCUAUCCAUUUUUCAUCAUAUUUAUAAGACAAUCACUUUUAUUUUCUGUCAUGCAUGCAAUGAAACAUUAGAUCGUUUAGUCAAAAUUGGCAUUUUUGGAAAACAUGGUUGACCUGUGAUAAAUAUAAAGGGAUUACACAAAUAUAGAUUGUGAUUACACUGAUGUCAGAAGAAAAAUAUUUUUAUUUAUAUGUUUAAAGAAUUAUUCAACUUUAUCAGGCAGUAUGGGUGGGCAACAUGGCCCUAAAAUAUUAGCACAGUAUUUGUGAACGUUUAUAUAUAUAUAGUAAUGUAACACCAAAUAUCUACUACCACAUAGCUAAAAUGCAGCAUAUUAUUUAUUAAUUGCAUACACACAAUCAAAAGUAAAUUCAGCAAACAGAUAAACGAUUACAAAAUAGAUUUUUCAAGAUUAUCGCUCGAUUAUUUUUUCAUUAUAUUAUUUAUGAUACGAUAUGGGACAACCCUACCAAAGCAGCACUAUGGACAUGACAAAGAAAACUGUAUAAAAUGUGCAAAAUCUUCUUUACAAUGAAAGUUAUCAUUUCUCUAUAUUUGUAAUAAUAAUAUGUUAAUUUUGAGUCAAUCUUGAAAAAUGUAUUGUUGGGCAGUGUUUAUUUACUGUUUAUAUUAAAUUUAAACAACUAUAUCCUAUAGACAUAAUAGGCACGUUAUGUUGAUAUUGACCCUGUAAUUAAAUAGUGAUAGAGAGAUAUUCUGAAUAUCAGCAGUUAGGCAGCAUUUCCGGUUUAAUCACAAUCUUGUAACACAGUGUGUGUACAGUAAGUGAGAGUUUGUGUUGUUGUAGACAAAGGGAUACACCCAUUGCUUGUUUCAUUGAGGGAACACAUGCAAAUACCUUUAGCCACAGCCAAAGCACAGAACAUCCCAGCUCCAGCCCUCCCUGAUCUCCAUCUAAAACACAUACAGUGUUUAUUUUAUUGUAUAAUAUCAGUGAUCCACGCAGUAGUUUUGUGUCAGGGGGCUUUUUGACAGUAUAUAUUUUUUUUUUUACGUUUUGCAAGGCACACUUUUUCCUGGGGGUAUCUUGUGUUUCUCUACCUCACUUGGCUUACGGGGGGAUUCAAAUAAUAAAGAAAAGUUGAUAUAUUCCGUUCUCAUAUUUAAAACAAGAGCUUUUUAUCCUAACUUAAUAUGCAUUGUCUCUGACCUGGUGUAUGGUGACCUUAUGACCUUUUGUUUUACCUCUUUUGUGGCGUACUCCCGUAUUUAAAAGUUACUGUAUCAGACUCUAAUAAAGAUGAUGUAAACCUUUGUAGAAA